UCUUCAGUAUGUUGCGGUAUCUCUUGAAGUGUGGUUGUUCUUCUUUGUUGUAUUAUAAAAAAAAAUAUUUUUCAUUUAUCCCCCUUCAAGUUAAAUAAAAAAAAUUAUUCGAGUUUGUUCUUGAUUGAAAUAUAUAAUAUAAAAAAAAAACUACCCAUUGUAGGAAACUUGUUUCUUCUUUUUCCCCAGUGUGUGUGUCUGUGAGUGUGUCACAUAAAAUUGUUGAUUCGAAUCGAGAGAGUGUUUAUAUAGAUGAAAACUCGCUUGGGAUUGUGCGCGGUUUGCUCUGUAGUUGCGAUUCGUUGAAAAUCUUCCUCUUUCGCAUAGUGUCGUUUAACGCCGGAAAGAAAAGAGAAGUGCGUCGCGCUAUUACGCCGCGAAAGGCGUCUUUUGCUCUUCCGUCACCAAUAUACCCUUCUUCCGCCUUUUGCUCUCGCCGAAUAUUUUAAAAAAGAGAAAGAAAGAGGGGAAAAAAAACACGCGUGUGUGAUAUUUUUUGUGCUUCGUCGACGUGUUUACGUUGAAAAAUAGUUGCUUUUCACCAUUUGCAAAUCUAGUGACUUUUUUGUUUGUCUUUUUUUCUAUCUUCUGCAUUAAAAUUCUAAAUGACGUACUAGUGCGACUACAACUUUUUGAUUGGGAUUACCAUGCUGGAUUCGGUCACGAAUAUCAGGUGGUCGUUAGACACACAGGCAGAAUCGGCGAAGAGUCCAGAUUGUCAGCAGAAUGUUUAUGAGAUAGCAUCUCAAUAUUUACAAUCUUUUUGCUAAAGCUACAUUGCCAUGUUGUUUAGGUGAGCGGGAAGGGAGGCGCUGACCGGUGGCGGCGGCGGCCAUGCGCCCCGGCCCGCCAAUCACGAGCCGUCGCAGGCCUCCCCGUCGCCAGCAGUUAUCGCAUCGUCUCAAUAGGUCGAAGUCUCAAGUGCAACAGAUUAAACGGCAAAUCACAAACAAAGCCUUUUUUCUGUUGUUCCUGUUGGUUUCAAAUCCGAUUCUUGCCCUGGCAGAACCGCCGCCUAACAAUGCACCACUUCCGAGUUUGGGAUCUAACGAUCAAAUUCACCGGAAGUGCUUCUCGUCGGACGGGGACCAACGUUAUUAUAGCUUACCGAUCUCAGAAGGUGCACCGCGAAAAAUUCAAAAUCUUACCAUCGGUUAUCUGACGGCCGUUAAGGGUGUUAUGAAGGAUCGACAGGGACUUGCCAUCUCGGGUGCACUCUCUAUGGCUCUAGAUGAGAUCAAUAACGACCCGAACAUCUUGCCAAAUGUGAGACUGGUGAUGCGAUGGAGCGACACGCGAGGAGAGACUAUCGAGGCAACUAAGGCGAUGAUCGACAUGAUCUGCGACGGAGUGGCCGCUUUUUUUGGUCCAGAAGGUUCCUGUUUCGUCGAGGCCACCGUCUCUCAAUCCCGCAAUAUACCCAUGAUUAGCUAUAAAUGUUCCGAUGACAAGGCAUCAGCAAUAAACACCUUUGCACGAACUGAACCACCGGAUACUCAAGUCACAAAAUCUGUAAUAGCUCUAUUACUACAUUAUGAUUGGAACAAAUUUACCAUCAUCGCGGAAAAAGAGUGGUCGACCGUCGCUAAAUCACUUGAGGAACAAGCCAAUAAGCACAAUUUUACCAUCAAUCAUCAUAAACGCGUUGAAGAUGGACAUGUUUGCUGUACAGAGAGACUUCCAUGCUGUCAAGUCGGCAGGUGGUUUCAACUUAUACAAGAGACGAAAAACAUGACUCGAAUUUAUAUUUUUUUGGGAACCGCGUUAUCAUUGUGGGACUUUAUGACAUCGAUGCAAAGUCAAAGGCUCUUGGAUAACGGAGAAUAUAUGGUCAUUUUUGUCGACAUGACGUAUUCACAAAAAGAGGCGCAGAGAUACUUAUGGAGACCCGACGACCUCAAUACAUUGAAAAAUUGUCUCGAACCCAAGGACUUCCUGAAAAAGGCUCGAUCUCUUCUGGUUGUUGUUUCCACCCCACCUGCUCAAAAUUACGAGGAAUUCAUCAAGAAAGUCCGCGAAUAUAAUAUCAAGGAACCCUUUAAUUUCGUUACACCAGAAUUAUUCAUUACUGAAAAAUUCCAAAAGCAUGUACCAAUUCAUGCGGCGUAUCUUUAUGAUUCCGUGAAACUUUAUGCAAGGGCGCUUGAUCAACUUUUGCGUAAUAAUCCUGAGAGUACAUUAGAAGAAAUUGUCAGCAAUGGAACUCAGAUAAUAGAAACUAUUAUUAAAAAUCAUACAUAUCAAAGUGUAAGCGGCGCUGUAAUCAAAUUAGACAAAGACGGCGAUUCAGAGGGGAAUUUUUCAGUUUUAGCUCUUAAAAAAGAUCCAUUUCGAUUGUUUAACUUUUCCUGUGAUUAUCAAAUGAAACCAGUCGGUCAAUUUCAGCAAGGUGAAACUCUAGUUUAUCGACCGUCGGAAGCAAUGGAUUGGCCAGGUAAAAAUAAACCGGAAGCGGAGCCAGGCUGCGGUUUUCUAAAUGAACAUUGUCCACAAGAUGAUAUGCAUCUUCGUAGCAUAAUAGCCGCUGGCGUUUUAGCGGCUUUAUUAUUUUGUGCCACUGUAGUUACAAUAAGUAUAUAUCGUCGUUGGAAAAUCGAACAGGAAAUCGAGGGAUUACUUUGGAAAAUUGAUCCAAACGAAAUACACGGUUAUCCCUAUUUGGACAAUUUGAUGUCGUCGCCUAGUAAAUUAAGUUUAGUUAGUGCAAUGUCUUAUGAGUCGAGAUGUGGAAAUCAGGUGUUUGCACAAACGGGUCAUUAUCAUGGUGUGGUUGUACGAAUAAAGGAAUUGAAAUUCUCCAAGAAAAAAGACAUUUCACGUGACGUUAUGAAAGAGAUGCGCGUUCUUCGUGAAAUAAGACACGGUAAUCUCAAUUCAUUUAUCGGUGCGUGCGUGGAGCCAAUGAGGAUAUUAUUAAUUACCGAUUAUUGUGCCAAAGGAAGUCUUUAUGAUAUCAUUGAAAAUGAAGAUAUAAAGUUAGACGAUAUGUUCAUUGCAUCAUUAGUUCAUGAUCUCAUUAAGGGUAUGUUGUACAUUCACGAGUCAUCCGUACUAGUCUGCCAUGGUAAUCUCAAGUCUUCCAAUUGCGUUGUGACUUCACGCUGGGUUCUUCAAGUUUCUGAUUUUGGUCUUCACGAUAUGCGCCACUGUGCAGAAUCCGAUAGCAUCGGUGAACAUCAGUAUUAUCGAAACUUGUUCUGGAAAGCGCCGGAGCUGCUAAGGAAUCUUAAUGCUCCGAUCAGAGGAACCCAAGAAGGGGACAUAUACUCGUUUGCGAUUAUUCUUUAUGAAAUGAUCGGUAGAAAAGGACCGUACGGUGGUGUAAAUUUAGAGCCCAAAGAAAUCAUUGAUCGAGUGAAAAGGUUUCCGGACGAUGGCGAACCACCAUUUAGACCUAAUGUUGACAUUCUCUCGGAAUCGGAGGCAGAUUGCGCUGAAUAUAUUGUUAGUACAAUAACCGAUUGUUGGACCGAAUGUCCUGAGCUUCGACCUGACUUUAAAAUAAUUCGCACCAGACUGAAGAAAAUGAAAGCCGGAAGACAUCGCAAUAUUAUGGAUCAAAUGAUGGAUAUGAUGGAAAAAUAUGCCAACAAUCUCGAGGAUCUAGUCAGUGAGCGAACGCGCCUUCUCUUCGAGGAAAAACAAAAAACGGAGGAUCUCCUUCACCGAAUGUUACCUGAACCAGUUGCUAAUUGUCUAACAAAUGGAAUUGGAGUUGAGCCAGAGGCUUUCGAUUUGGUUACAAUAUAUUUCAGUGACAUCGUUGGUUUUACAUCGAUGUCAGCCGAAAGUACACCCUUUCAGGUGGUUAAUUUUCUCAACGAUUUAUAUACGUUGUUUGAUCGCAUCAUCAAAGGAUAUGACGUUUACAAAGUCGAAACAAUCGGCGACGCCUACAUGGUGGUUUCUGGUUUGCCGAUAAAAAAUGGAAACAGGCACGCUGGAGAGAUAGCCUCAAUGUCUUUGGAGUUAUUGAAUGUGGUUAAGCAUCACACUAUAAUUCAUCGUCCUCAAGAUACAUUAAAACUUAGAAUUGGAAUUCAUACCGGACCGGUAGUCGCCGGUGUUGUGGGAUUAACAAUGCCGAGGUAUUGUCUGUUUGGCGAUACUGUUAACACUGCCUCAAGAAUGGAAUCAAAUGGAGAACCUCUGAGAAUUCACAUAAGUGCCCAAUGCAAAGAGGCGCUCGACAUUGUCGGCGGUUACACCAUCGAGGAACGUGGUUUAGUCAAAAUGAAAGGAAAGGGAGAAGUUAAGACUUACUGGCUCACUGGGGCCACCGAAAAAGCAAUUCAAAAACGAGAGGUUGAUUUUGGCGAUUUACCGCCACUAUUCUGUCGUCCAAGACGAAGUCCAAAAUUAAAUCCCGACUCAAGACAAGCGUCAUUGCUCGGAGGAUUGGGUGCCGGAAGUAGAAGACAAUCGAGUGUCCCAAGGCCAACGCCCGACGACACAACGUCCCAAUGCGGUGGUUCAAGUCCCCUGCCACGUCAUCUUCUCGUUCGAAAACUCGAUCGUUCGCCUCUCUUUAUAACUGAGAAUUCCUCCUCAAAAACAACCCUCGACAAUGUCACAAUUCGCGAGGAGGCCGAAAAUCGUGCAGCGAACAUAAAACUUGCCCUCGACGAUCUCUUUCUAAAUAAUACAUCGACACGUUUAAAUGUGAGAAAUAAAAAUCCCCGCGUCCUCUCGACAAUCGCCUCAUCAUCAUCAACAAACGAUUAUCCAACUUUUGUACGUGAAUCAAGAUCACUCGAUCCAUUUCCAAUACAAAUUGAUUACAAUAAACGGCAAACGGAAGAAAAUAAGGGCAAAGAAACAGAAAAAGAAGCAGAAGCAGAAGAAGAAGAAGAAGAGGAGAAAAAUUUUAAUGAAAAAGAAGAGGAAGAAGUAGAUGAAAAAAAUUCACUAUCGCCACAACAAUUCGAUUGGCGUGAAACAACAAAAAAGAGUUUUCGAUCAAUGGAAAAUUGUGACAAGUGCAUUAGAACAAAUUCAAAGACAAACAUAACGGACAUAGUGUUAAAUAAUAAUUAUCCAAAUGGCAAUGUGAUAACAACAACAGCAAACGAAGCCGAAAUUCCAUUAUUAAACAAUGAUAAUAAUGAUAAUGAUGAAAAUAAUGGUGUGCAAAUAAAACGUUGGCGAUCAUUGGAUCAAGUUGUAUCGACGCCAAGCGCCGGCGACAAUGUGCCCGAUAAAAAAUCAUCAGCGAGAAAUUCAAUAAAAAGCUGGUUAGUCAAUUUGUUUAAUGGCAAUGGUUUACGUAACAGUGAUGUUUCACUUCGUCGUGGCGUUAUCGCCGGUUAUGAUAUUCAAACCGAAAGAGAGAGUAUCGUUUAACCAUUUUUAUUUUCUCUCUCAGAAAAAAUCAGAAUCGCGACAAAAAAAGAUUUUUCACUAUAAUCAAUUUACAAGGAAAAAAAAUAUUUUUUUACACAAACAAGCAAAAAGCCUCUGAUCGCGAUCUCUGAUUUGUUAAUUUUUCGUUUUCCAAGAACACGAAUCGUUCAGUUCAACAUUUGCCAUUCUUUUUUUUAUAAGCGUGCAAUUUUUUUUUUAUUUUUUUUUUUUGUAUAUGAAAGUUACCGACAGUGUAUAAAAAAAGAUUUAUAUUUUAUGAAUUUACGAGCAUCUUUUUGUUUUUGAGAGCUAGAGACAUUUUUACACAAGGUCCGACUGUCGCGAUAUUUUUUUUUCAUUUUUUUUUUUACUGGCGUGCGACUUUUUUUUUGUCUGUUUUUUUCUUUAUUAUAAAUAUCUAUUUUUUUUACAUAUUAGAAAGAAGAAAAAAAAAACGAGAGAAAUAUUUCUAACCAAAGUUUGACGAAAGCGAAAAGAGAAUCGGAGGAUUUCUUUGGAACUCGUUGGAAUAUUAGAAAUUUUGUUGGUCGUGUGAAAUUGAGAGAAAGAAUGAGAUAGAGAGAAAAAGUGUGAAAGAGAGAAAAAGAGAGAGAGAGCUCGACUCAAUUGUAUAGUUUUUACCGUAUGUACAUAAAAAAAAUAGUGCGCAUGAAAAAUAUAUUCAUUAAUGUCGCGUAACGCUUUUUUUUUUUUUUUUUUUUGAAAAUAA